AUGGACAAGCCAUUGUACCGUACCCUGCAGAAAGACCCUGGCUUGAUUGAUGUCCUGAAAGAAGCGCUUCAAGAUGCACUACUGGAGUGUCUGCGACAAUCAGCAAUUCAUCGCUGGCGAUGUAUUAUUGAUGGAACGCCACGAAAAGGCCUUUUUCCGGCUAGCAUCGGCUCAUUUGGUAAUAUGCUUAUCGUUUUUUUUCUGGAAAUGAUAAAUUAG